GGAGUUUAGGACCCUGGGUUGGUGGGGUCGGGAGGAGCUGGGGGCUCCUUGCUCCGGGACAGCAGGGCCUGCUGGGGUGCUGGGCGCCUCGUGUGUGGCCCCCGGAACUGUGAGUUCCUUCUGGGGGGAAGGGAGCCAAGGGCUGCGGGCUGGAGGAGUGGCCACUGCACCAUCCAGGCUGCAGAGUGUGCCAGGAGGGGGAUCCCGCGGCUGCGAGGGGCCGGAGCCCGGGGUCUCCCGCCGCCCCGGCCAUCGCGCUGCCCUCGCCUCCCUCGCCGCCCUGGCCAGGCGGGUCCCUUAAAGGAGCUUGUCGGCUGGAGACGGUCUUGGCCUCUUGGAUCUUCACCGCGCAGUGCACCCAGCCUCUGCCCCCUGCCAGCGGUUCUUCUGAGCUUCAGGCAGUGCAUUUUCUUUGGAAGACUUUAAUUCAAAGCGCAGCCCCAUCCUAAGCACCUCUGCUCAGGGACAGUGAAAACAGCUCAUCUUUGUGGAAUGACAUCUAAGGGACAGCCUUGUAAUACCAUUUAUGGCCCGAGUUUGCUACCCAUUUGCUGAGCCAGUGUUCCUCAAGGGCCCCUGCUACCAAAGUUAGUAGUUUCUUAGCUGGGAAAGUGCCGCACGGGUCUCUGUUACAUGGACUUUUACUUCCUUUGUAAAGACUUUGAUGGAAAUCGAUAACUCGGACAGCAAAACCUAUUACUCCAUAGGAACAAUUUUCUUUUUUUCCCCCUUUUAGAGGUGUGAAUUCCCCCCUCCCCUCCGCCCAAACGCUAGGGCUAUUUGUCAUUUAGACUAGUGUCCCCUUUUCCUGUAACAAAUCCGUAGUUCCUGAGAGUGCUUAGGGAAUGCCAGCUCAGUUUGAUACCACGGCUACAGAUGUAGAAUUUUUUUUUUUUUUAAUCCAGUUAAUGUUUUCCAAAAUAAAGGUACUCUUUGAGAUUCAUUUGAAGUUUGGGGUUGUGCCCAGCUCUGCCGCCUCCUCUGGUUUACUGUAAUAGGAUUUCUGAUCCCUACCCUGCUGUGACCACUGAUGGAGCAAGACCAAAAACUGUUGGUCUCAGACUCUAGUGGCUUCAAGGAGAGGGAGAAUUCGAAAAGCCCUUUUACAGGACAUGAAAGUAAGAAUAAUUUGGAAACUGUUCAACACAAUAACUCCAAGGCAGAGAAAGAGAGAGCCUCAAAGUGGUCUAAAAGAGAUGGCAUGCAAAAUUGUAAGCAUGAGGAUACAAAAGAAAUUUCAUUGACAUGGUCCCAAGGAGAUGAGAUCUGGUGUAAUGAUUCCUAUGAGAAUGGUGGCAAGUCAGAGAAUCGGGGAAAUUCUACAGGAAAAGAUGAAAAACCCAAUCGCUGGAGUUGGGACCCAGGGGAACAGGGCGGUGGCUCUGUCCAGCAGAAUUCAACCUUCAGAGACAAACCCUACAAAUGUCCUGAAUGUUGGAAAAGCUUCAAUAACGGUUCGCAUUUGCGAAUUCACCAGAGAACCCACUCGGGAGAAAAACCUUAUAAAUGCUCCGAGUGUGGGAAAUGCUUCAGUAACAGCUCUCACCUGAUUCAACAUCUGAGGACGCACACGGGAGAGAAGCCCUACCAGUGUGGUGAAUGUGGGAAAAGCUUCAGCAACACCUCCCAUCUCAUUAUCCAUGAGCGGACUCACACAGGAGAGAAACCCUAUAAAUGUCCUGAGUGUGGGAAGAGCUUUAGUAGCAGCUCCCACCUGAUUCAGCACCACAGAUCACAUACUGGUGAAAAGCCAUACGAAUGUCCUGUUUGUGGGAAAUGCUUCAGCCACAGUUAUGUCCUAAUAGAGCACCAGAGGAUUCACACUGGAGAAAAACCUUAUAAGUGCCCUGACUGUGGAAAGAGUUUUAGUCAGAGUUCCAGCCUGAUUCGCCACCAGCGGACACACACAGGUGAGAAGCCCUACAAAUGUCUUGAGUGUGGAAAAAACUUUGGUUGUAAUUCGACCCUAAUAAAGCAUCAGAGAAUUCAUACGGGAGAAAAGCCCUAUCAGUGUACAGAAUGCGGGAAGAGUUUCAGUCGGAGUUCAAACCUAAUUACACACCGGAAAACCCACACAGGCGAAAAGCCCUAUGAAAGUUCCGAACAUGAGGAAAGCUUGAGUCAGAACUGCGGUGUGAUAGAGGAAUGCAGACUCCAGCCAGGGGAGAAACCGUACAAAUGUUGUGAAUGCGGAAAGCGUUUUGGUCUCAGCUCUCAUCUCAUUAGACAUCAGAGAACGCAUACGGGAGAAAAACCUUACCGGUGUUCAGAGUGUUGGAAAACUUUCAGUCAAAGUUCCACCCUGGUGAUUCACCAAAGGACGCACACAGGAGAGAGACCUUAUAAGUGUCCUGACUGCGGCGAGUGCUUCAGUCAGAGCUUUAAUCUUAUCAGGCACCGGCGGACUCAUGUGGGAGAAAAACCUUACAAAUGCACUGACUGUGAGAAAUGCUUCAGCAGAAGUGCCUAUCUCAGUCAGCACCGGAAAAUUCACAUAGAAAAGUCUUUCGAGUCUCCUGAAGUUGCAGAGUUUCCUCAUGGGUGGACUUGGAAAAACUGUCCAGGGGAAAUGGCCCUCCUCUCUUCCUUUUCGGUCCCAAGUCCAUCUUCCUCUUGAGUUUCAAAGCCUCUUUAUUUUUUAAUUUUUUUUUUCUUUUUCUUACUGGGCCAUUACAAUGAUGGGGUGGCUACAAAGUUUUCUUUGGUGUGUCUGCCAUUAUGUCUGGAAAAAGUCAACUUCCAGGUUAGAUGAUAGGAAGGUCCUGAUCCCCAGCUCAUUACCUCUGCCCAGUGAGAUGCUGCCAACGAUGGAGAAGAAAUGGUUCUUUUGAUUAAGGUAAGAUUGGAAUAGCUUCAGAGGCAAACAAAGAGAAAUGCUGGAAAUAAGAAUACCUGAGAGCUUGAAGCUGAGCUACCAUUGAAUGUGCCUAUUUCCUUUUUCCUGACUGGGUGGCAAUAAUUUAUUCUUGGCCUCAUGGAUUUAUCCAGAGAAAGAUUCUUUAUGAACAAAUAAUGUGAUUUCCACGCUGUUUUGGUGUCUGUUAAGAAAGAAAAAGCUCAGUUUUUAAAAUGCAUUUUUAUUUGCUGAAAAUUAACUUCCGUAGUAUUUAGGACUAUUUUGUCUAAUACAGUAGCCACAUGUGGCUAUUUAAAUAAAUUUGUAUUAAGAUGAAAUGAAA